AACUUCGGGCACGACAGACUCUUCUCAGUAGUCUCAUCAUGAAUGUGGACAGAGUGAACUGGUUCGCGGUGAUUGUCCUCGCUCUCGGUGUUCACGCAGUGUCUGGCCAGAACUGCGCGCACCUGUUGGAUGUCGUAGCCGUUGUAGAUGGCUCUGACAGCAUCUUAGAUGACGAAUUUAUCCUUCUGAAGGAUUCCCUUAUUCAGUUGACAAACUGGCUGAACCUUGGAGAGGAAGGUCAAAUGUUUGGUGCCGUGGUGUACAGUUCGUCUGUAUCUAACGUAGCACACCUCAGCACCAACCGGUCCCAGCUGCAGACCCAGAUAAACCAGUUUGAACACCCCCAGGAAGGGACAAACACGCACCUUGGAAUCGCCAAAAUGACCGAGAUUAUGAGGAAUGAGAGUCGUCCUGGCGUUCCCAAAGUAGGCAUCGUCAUCACCGACGGACGGUCACGUUAUCCCGAGAGAACUGCUCAGGAAGCUACAGCUGCUAAGGCGAUUGGCAUUGAGAUGUUUGCAAUUGGAAUCGGUUCAAGUAUCAGAAUAUCAGAACUGAGAGACAUUGCCUCAUCUAACGCCAAUGUCAAGAAUAUCAGCUCUUUUAAUGAACUCAACAAUAUUACCCUCAGUCUGGUACAGAAGGUCUGCAAAGUUGACGGAAACUGGACCGAGUGGACGGACACUACCGGUGUGUGUUCUGUAUCCUGUGGAGGAGGCUCUAGAACCAUCAACAGAACCAGGACCUGCACCAACCCAGCACCCAGCAACGGCGGAAGGGACUGUGUAGGAUCACCUUCAGAUCGAUACACAGAGGUUUGCAACACCAAUGGCUGCCCAGUUGACGGAAACUGGACUGAAUGGACGGUUACUGAGGGAGUGUGUUCAGCACCUUGUGGAGGAGGCUCCAGAACCAUCUCCAGGAGCAGGACCUGCACCAACCCUUCUCCUAGCAACGGUGGAGAAACCUGUGUAGGAUCACGUACAGAUCGAUACACAGAGAUCUGCAACACCAAUCGAUGUCCAGUUGUUGGGGGAUGGUCAAACUGGAUCAUUACCACAAGCGACUGUUCAGCAUCUUGUGGAGGUGGAUAUAGACGUGUCACAAGUACUAGAACCUGCACCAGUCCUGCUCCAAGAGACGGCGGUGCUGACUGUGUAGGCUCCUCCACAGACACAUACGCAGAAACCUGCAACACAGAAGGAUGCAAUGAUCCAUGCAGUGGUUGCCGGUAUGUCAACGGUAUUGGGUACAUCCCUGACCCCAGCGACUGCUCCCGGUUCAUUCAGUGCCAAGAACCCAGACCCGGCAAUACUGCUAUUUUCCAUAGAAUGCAAUGUAGUCCUGGACUGUACUGGAACCAACAGCAUCUGGUGUGUGAUUGGCCAGCCAACGUCAUCUGCACAGUGGAAGCUGAAGAGGAAGCAUUUCUUCCAUCGACUGCAGCACCAUCAACAGCUGCUCCGCUGACAUCCCUUCCCUCGUCGUUGUGCGACGGCUCCAAGAAGGCAAAGCCAGGAAAUACAGCUCAGUAUCAGGAACUGAUACAUGGAAACUGGAUCACCAGAUUCUGUGCUCCAGGAACUGUGUACUCUACGACCAGUUGUAGCUGCAUCACCGGUCAGAAUGCCGCGUCCCCAGUUUGCCAGGCGGAGGUUUACCUUCCUUUCAACAGUGACGUGAACGACCAUUCGACUAACCACCACUAUGUACAAAACACUGGCGUUGUAACUACCGACAGUGGCCGCGGCGUCUUCAGCAACAACACCCAACUCCGGAUCCUCCGGUUCUCCAACAUGCAUUUCGGGAAGACUCUGAUCAUCUCAUUUUCGUUCAAACGCACUCAGGCUACAAGCAGAGCUCAGGCUAUCGUCACCAACGAUGACUGCGGGCAUGGCGGCAGCAUCUACAUCACCACUCAGCGGUCAACCGUGCAGUUUCGUGUUGUCAAUAGCAACAACGUUACGCAUACUUUAAAUGUAUCGUACAUAGCCACCACGUCCUUGAAUGAGGUGAAGCUGAUCGUCAAGGAUGGACUGAUGAAGGUUGAAGUCAAUAACCGCAGAUUACAGAGGACAUUUGAUGGUAACAUCGGGAAAAGCCAGUGUGCACUGCAGGUCGGGUACGGUGAUGGCAUGGACUUCUUCCACGGCGUCCUGGAAGAAUUCAAAGUAUACAUCUGCGACCCAGAGAGCCUGUAGUUGAACAUAGUGUUUCAUCAAGACCCACCACGAAGUCAAAUGCCGUUUUUAAUAUCAACUCGCAGUAUUAAACAGUAUGGCGCAUUGUUUUGUUUCUGUCAUAUUUGGUAUGAAUAUAGCUUGAAGAACCCAUUGCAGAUUGACGAGAUACAUACAACGUUAUGUUCUUUAAGAGUAUAAUUAUACUUAUUUUAAAAACAAAAAAUCGCUUUCCGUUUCAAGUUAGCCCGGGCAGUAUGUUUUCGAUAGGACAAGACACUGUGGGACAAGACACUGUAGCUCGCCUGAACUGAAAGUUCAACAAAGCAUUACAGUCUGAAUGUAUGUUGUAUACCAGUCUUUUGAAAUCCCCUCAAAAAACAAUGUGUAGAUCUUUAAUCAGUCGAAUUUCCGGUUGUCUUGAAGUUAAAGUUUGAUCUCUGCUUAAUCCUUCUUUAGUCAUAAUUUACGGCUGUAUCGAACUUCGUAUAACUCGAAACAUUUACAGGUGUACAGUCAAUCGCCAGUGUGUAGAUCUUUAAUGUGCCUGUCUCAAAAUACAAGCUUUGCCCCUGCUUGUUUAAUGUUUUAGUUAUCAUUUUGCGGUUUUGUCGAAGCUCGGAUAACUCGAAGCAAUCUUCGACACAAUGGUGUUUGACUGUAUUUGCACCAUGCAUGACUGUACACAUUGUUGAUCAUUUUGCGUAAGAAAGGACAUAUGUGUUGCUGAAGGGUUUCGAGAAUAUUGCGGUAAUUUAACUUGCAUGAAGAGUCUUGUCAGCUUCAAUGUUAUAUAUGAUGAACUUCCCAUCAAUAUAUUCAUACUCAAUUAUAGUAAUAAUCAUGACACACGGUUGACUCAUUGUUGUUUUCAAAUUAGAUGAAACAGAAUUUCGAUAAAACUGCAUUUUUGAUCACUGACGAUAAGUAAUUGAUUUCACUAAAAACAAGAAACACAAAAGGUGAUUUAUAUAACUGCUACUGAUGUCAACUGCCUAGUGACAGCUGCUCUGAGCCUUAAACAUGUUUGGGUAAAAUAAAAUGCUGCUUCUUUAAGUUAUGAAUGAAUAAAAUCUUUACUCACG